GUUAUGAGCCCUGUCAUUUAAAGAAAGCUUCUCUAGGGAUUCGGGAUUAUUAUUAGGAGGCUUCAGAUCUUUCCCACUUCUGAAGGUUUCUCCACGUGCCCCAGUGGAAAUGUUAUCCAGAGCGCCCACUCUUAAAAGAGUUUGAUUAAUUUUCACACUGUCUUGGGUGCCUGAGAAGAACCAUCCCCAUGCUACUAACACUGAUGUUUCUGGGCCUUGCUGCCCUUGUUGCUCCUUCUGUAAGUUAUGGAUGUUAUGGUGAUUUACGUACUGUGGAAACCCCGGUGAUUUCCUGCGGAGCUGUACAAACCCCAACUUGUGGGGUUCAUGUUGCAGAAAAGUUUGCUGAAAUAGACAUAGUACGUCUACAGAGAUACAAAGUCCCUAUUAUGAGAGUUGCCAGAAAUCUGUGCAUAGAUCCAGCACUCAUUGCUGCAAUCAUGUCCGUGGAGAGUCGUGUUGGAGCUACUCUAGUCGAUGGCUGGAACCGUGAAAGAACCCAAUAUGGCUUGAUGCAGGUUCAUACACAAUACAAUUCGAUUCCUGGAGCUUGGGAUAGUGAAGCUCAUAUAACUCAAGGUGCAACUAUUCUAGUUAAUGGAAUUAAGGCAUUACAGACAAAGUACCCUACCUGGUCAUCGCAACAAUAUCUCAGAGGUGGGAUUUGUGCCUAUCAUGACACGGUUAGGAAUAUCCAGGUCUAUGACGGAAUGGACAAUUGCAAUUCGAGCAAUGAUUAUGUUAAUAAUGUUAUUAUUCGAGCCAAAUAUCUGAAGAAUAAUGGAUUCAGCAUUUUAGCAUAA